GUGAGCUUAGGACAUGUAGUCAGUCAUAUAGCAGUUUGGAAAUAUAGAUAUCCCCUCGUGGUAACCCUCUUUCUACGACUAGUUAACAAUUAACAAUGCCCAACAGCCGCCUUAUCUGAGCGACUGUGUAUAUAAAUAGAAUCUGCCAGUUUACAACAAAGUAAGAAAAUAAAAAUGGUGGGUGCAAAAGAGUUGUUAAAGCCACUGAUCCACUUACUUUUCCCACUUUGUAUGCAUUGGAUAGCUGAGGAGAUGACAGUGUCUGUUCUUGUUGAUGUCACCACUGGUGCUCUGUGUCCUGGUGACACCACUUGCUCUCCCGCUAUUUAUCUCAAUGGCCUUCAGCAAACUAUUGUUGGAAUUUUCAAGAUGGUAAUGCUUCCAGUGCUAGGUCAACUUUCUGAUGAAUACGGGCGUAAACCUCUGCUCCUCCUUACUGUAUCGACGACUAUUUUCCCAUUUGCUUUACUUGUCAUCAGCAAGUCGAAGGAAUUUGUGUAUGCGUAUUAUGUUCUUCGGACAAUUUCAUACAUGAUAAGUCAAGGGAGUAUUUUCUGCAUAGCGGUUGCUUAUGUGGCAGAUGUAGUUGAUAACAGCAAGAGGGCUGCAGUUUUUAGUUGGAUUACAGGUCUCUUUUCUGCUUCGCAUGUAGUGGGAAAUCUCCUAGCACGUUUUCUUCCUGAAAGCUACAUCUUUGAGGUUUCAGUUGCCCUCCUACUUUCCUGUUCAAUAUAUAUGUACCUGUUUCUGGAGGAGACAGUUAAGCAAGGUGAAAAGAUGGAAAAGAGUUCAUCUUUCCUGUAUGGGGCUUUGGAGGUUGUUCAGGCACGAUAUAAGUCAAUGAGAUAUGCUGCAACUAUUGUCGUUACUAGCCCAACACUAAAGAGCAUUUCGAUUGUUUCAUUCUUCUAUGAAUUGGGAAUGUCUGGCAUCAGCGGAGUCUUACUGUAUUAUCUCAAGGCGGCUUUUGGUUUCGACAAAAAUCAAUUUUCAGAAAUUCUGUCGGUGGUGGGGAUAGGCUCAAUUGCUUCUCAGUUGGUAGGGCUUCCUCUACUCAAUCCAUGCUUAAAAGAGAAAGGAAUACUUUGCGCAGCUAUACUCGCGUCCAUAGCUUAUGCUUUGCUUUAUGGAUUGGCAUGGGCUCCUUGGGUGCCGUACUUGAGUGCUGCAUUUGGAGUCAUCUUCGUCCUUAUUAAACCCGCGACUUAUGCUGUUAUAUCAAAAGGAUCAAAUUCAACCAAUCAGGGAAAAGCACAAGGAUUUGUAGCUGGGGUUCAGUCAAUUGCGAGUCUGUUAUCACCACUAGCAAUGAGUCCAUUGACAUCUUGGUUUCUCUCUAGCGAUGCACCAUUCAAUUGCAAAGGUUUCAGCAUUAUACUGGCAUCAUUGUGCAUGGUCGUCUCUUUGUAUUUUGCGUUGGCGCUAAAAGUGGAGGCACCACCAGAUAACGAAUUAGAGAAUGAAGAAAGUAUUGAAGCACCACUACUAUCAUAAGUUCGAUCCUGUUAUACCACUAUAUGGGUGUAGAUAUAUAGGUGAAGCAGAACAAGUCUAUGGCCAAAGGAUUAGUGCAAAGAGUAAAAAGUUUAAAUUUUGCAAAGAAGGAUGCCUCUACAUUUAGCAGGUGCAAAUGGCCAUUGAUAUGAGUCUUAGCAUAACUAGUAGGAAGAAAUCAGAAAGAAGAAAUCAGAAAUUUCAAUGUAAUCACAUAGUGUAAUGAAUAGAAAGGGUUCUUUCCUAUCAUCUCCCUGUCUGCUACCUAAAUGUGUCGCACUAUAUGUAUACAAAUGAGCAAUACCUAUUUCAGGUUUUUUGCUUAUUUCACACGAAGAUUGAAAACUUAUGGAGUAAAGUUCAGUA